AUGAGUGCGCGCGAAAAAGAAUUUAUCACCUACCUAGAGGAGCAUGGCGUAAUGGAUCAAAUAAGCCGCGCCCUCCUGGAACUGUUCGAAGAGAAGGAAAAGCCAAAGGAUGCGAUAAAAUUUAUAUCCGACCAUUUGCAGGACGUGGACGCGGACGUGCCGCUGGAAGAUCUGAAGAGGGAGAAUUCAUUCCUCCGACAGGAAAAUCAGAGGCUAACAAAGAAGUUCGAAGAACUAAAUAAUACCUUAAAUAAAUUGCUUAGCAGCGGAGGGGGGCUUCAACCUUGA